AUGGCUCCUCCCUCCGCUCUCAACAUCGCGACCCAAUCGGUCAACCGCCUCGUCAAGGAGGAAUCCUACUACCACAAGGAGCAGACCUCCCAAGAGGCCCGCAUCAAGAAGCUCCAAGACGAAAUUGCUGCCAACAGCCCCGACCUGGACAGCAACGCACCCUACGUUCUCAAGCAAGAGCAAACGGCGCUUGAGGAGACCAAGGCUGUGUUUGGCCCUCUCAUUAAUAGGAUUGCUGAGGCGGUUCAGAAGCUUGAGGAGCAGAUUGCUAUUUCCGAAAGCGAGGGGUCUGCUUCUGAGGAGGACCUGAAGAAGGCCAAGGAGGCGUUGGAGAAUGGUAAGAAGCUGACGGAGAGCGCUUAA